CUUGCACGUUUUGCGCUCUGCAGUUUCUAUGCCCAACUCAAAGGUACAGAACGCUAGCUGCUUCACUGUUUGUGCAGCCGAAAUUUCUUGCAUUUCUGUCGUCGUCGAAGACAAACUAGUCUCAUUGUCCGUGGAACUCGAAGAGGUUUUAUGGGAGGUUUCGCUUGUGGACGGAGGAUAUCUACAAGAUGACGGAAAUGACAGAGUUGUAGGCUUGGAGUAUGUCACUGAACAUGAUGCAGUCUGUGUGACCACAUUGUCGGGUCACGUGUUGCUCUGCAGUCAGUCAACAAAACAGGUCGAGAGUAUGGGUUCUGUGCAUUCGGGCUUGCGUUGCAUGUCGUGGAGUCCCGACCAAGAAGUUGUUGUGUUUAUUACUGGUGCUAGCACUCUGAUUUUGAUGUCUAAGGAUUUUGAUCCUCUCCUGGAAGUACCUAUUCAAACAGAUGAGUUUGGCGAAGGAGCAUUUGUAAAUGUCGGAUGGGGUAAGAAGGAAACGCAGUUUCAUGGCAGUGAAGGUAAACCUGAUGUAUCUGCAGAUAAAGGACAGAAUGUUGGCAAAGUGUUAGCGUGGGAUGAUCGUCAGCCACGAGUAAGCUGGCGUGGGGAUGGUCAGUACUUUGUGUGCAGCACCAUUAAUGUAGAGUCAGGGUCUCGCGAGCUGCAUGUCUACAACAGAGAAGGUACUCGUCAGUCAACAAGUGAACCAGUAGAUGGAUUGGAAGGGACUGUCUGCUGGAAACCCAGUGGUAGCCUAAUUGCUUCAAGCCAAUACAAGCCUCACAGACAUGAUGUCAUCUUUUUUGAGAAAAACGGUUUGAGACAUGGAGAAUUCACAUUACCUUUUGCCAGAGGACAAGCACAGGUCAGAGACUUGCAAUGGAACGCUGAUUCAUCUAUUCUUGCCAUAUGGCUGGAGGUGUAUCACAAAAGCAUUACAGGGGAUGUUAAAUUGUCAACACAGUCGACUGUGCAAAUGUGGUCUGUUGGUAACUACCAUUGGUACCUCAAGCAAGAGUUUGUCUUGUCGAAUGAAAAGCUGGUUGGAAUGGUUUGGGAUCCUGAAUUGGUCUACAAGAUUCACUUUCUCCUUUCUGAUGGUCGGUAUAUGUGGAAGGAAUUUCGUUUUGGUAUUGAUCAGAGUAAAGGACAUUGCUCAGAGAACAAUUCUACUGUGGCAGUAAUAGAUGGAGCAAAGUUGCUUCUUACAUCUUUAAGACAUCAGGUUGUUCCACCCCCAAUGGCAGCUCAUACUAUCAACAUGUCAUGUUGUGUGAACCAGAUCGCUUUCAGUCCUCCACCAUGUUGUGAUGACAUACUUGUUCUCACCUCGGACAACAUUCUUACUUUGCUCAGGCAAACCGGCUCUCAUUCAGGCACUGAACAAGAGCGUCUCAAUGGAUUUCAAGCAGCAAUGUUUCCACCAUGUGUUGUAGCAAGUGCCACUUUAAUAGAUUAUUCUAUUAGACACUUGAAAUGGUGGAAAGCAGACACUUUUUUGAGUAUUGCAUGGCAAUCUGACUCUAGAAGUGAUUGCCUUAUGGAGUUUGGUUUCGAAGUUGACGAGGCUUGCAAGACUAUAGCAGUUACACUUAGACACAAGUGUUUGUUGGAGAUGCCUGUUCUGCAACUUGAAGCGAAUGCCGAUACUCAGACUGUUGUCGUUGAGUUUAUCAAUGGGUCAAUUGUGAAAUAUCAUUCGGCCUGCAAGUCUGAUAAUGUGCCAUUUGUGUUGCCGUGGACUAUGACAGCUGGACAGGACGUUUGCUUUCCAUUACCGGCUGUUUUGAUUGAAACAGCCAUAGUUGGCGGGGAGGAGGUCGUGCUUGGUCUUUCUGACUGGGCAAGGUUUUUUGUGAACAAUGACGAGAUUGUUCAAGACUGCACAUCAUUUGCUGUGCACGAUGAGUUUAUUCUUCUCACAACUCACAGCCAUACCUGUCGUUUUGUCCCCUUAUCAUGUUCAUUAGAAUGUAUAAAUUCUGUUUUUUCCAAAGACAAGAGUAGCACACUAAGUGAAUCAAUACGUCGUAUUGAGCGAGGAAGCAGGAUUGUAUCUGUCGUGUCAGGUGAUAGUAAACUUGUGCUUCAGAUGCCUCGAGGCAAUCUUGAAACGAUUUGUCCAAGAACGUUGCUUUUAACUCAUGUGAGAAAACAAAUAGACAGUGGACAGUAUGGCGCUGCUUUCACAGCAAUGAGAAAACAUCGUAUUAACAUGAAUCUGUUGUAUGACCAUAAUCCAAAUAUGUUCUUAGAGUCUUUGGAUGCCGUGAUCGGUCAAUUGAAAACGGUUGAUAACGUCAACCUAUUUUUGUCUGAUCUGAGAGACGAAGACGUAACACAAACGAUGUAUCCAGGCUGGUCUGGAAAGCCUUCACUCAAAAUUGAUGCAGUGGACAAAGUUGACAGAGUGUGCAAUGCAUUGAGAGAAAAACUGGAAAAGGCCAACUCUGACAAAUUUAUGUUGUCCAUUUUGAUGACUCACAUAAAGAAAACAAAACCGGAGCUUAAAGAUGCACUUUUCAAAAUCCAGACUUUGCACCAUCGUCAGCCAGAGCCUGGAUGCGUUUCUGCCGUCGAUGCUCUCAAAUUUGUUACCCUGCUGAUCGAUGUCAAUGAGCUGUAUGAUGUUGCCUUAGGAACGUACGACCUCAAUUUGGUUGUGAUGGUUGCCGAACAAUCUCAAAAGGAUCCUAAAGAGUAUCUUCCUUUCUUGAACGAGCUUCGUUACAUGACAAAUUACGAUAAAUAUCGAAUAGACCGCUAUCUGAAACGUUACAAACUGGCUUUGGAGCAUAUCAGCAAAUGUGGCACUGAGAAGUUUGAAGAAAGUCUUGAGUUAAUCAAGCAGCAAGGUCUGUAUAUGACAGCGUUUCAGUUAUUUCAAGAAGACGCUACUUGUUGCAAAGCUGUUGCUGCUGCAUAUGGCAAGCAUCUUGUUGUCAUUAAUAAACUAGAAGAGGCAGGCUUAGUUCUGUGUCGUUAUGGCCUUCUGGAAGAAUCUUUAGAUGCAUUUGAAAAGUGUGGCAGUUGGAGACGGGCAUUUGCUGUAGCUUUUCAACUCAAGUUGCCACAAGCUGAGAUACUAAGACUUGCUCGUUCAUUGGGAGAACGUCUGAAAGGAAUGAAGAAGUACAGCGAUGCAUCCCAGAUCUUCCAAACGUAUGCAUCUGAUCCAGAAGAAGCAGUAGUAUGUCUGUUAUCUGGUACACUUUGGGAUGAUGCUCUAAGACUGAUUCAUACACUUGAACGAACUGAUCUCAUUGAGACUCAUCUACGUCCUGCACUCCUAGAAACUGGAGGUAAUUACGUGAGUAGUGUUACUUCCUGGAGCCAGCAGUUUGAGCAACACAGACUUAGACUGAUAGUAGUUCGUGAAGAGAAAUCUCGUGCUCAGCAACAGAGUUCUCAGUCAUUUCCCAACAAUCUGGAAGAGGCUGGACCUCUAGACUCUGAUCUGUAUUCAGACACUAUUAGUGUAUCAGAACGAUCUUAUCAGUCAUCAAACUAUUCAAAAUCUACGGCUAGAUCAAGUAAGAAUCGGCGGAAAGCUGAACGUAAGAAACAUCGUUUGAAGGAAGGCUCGCCUCAUGAAGAGAGUGCUUUGCUUGAAGCUCUUGAACAGUUAUGGAACGCUGCACACGGCUUGAGAGAUGACGUCAGAACACUCCUUCAGAAUUUGUAUCUGUUUGAGUAUGACGUAUUGGCAAGAAAUUUGCAAAGUUUACUGUAUGAUUGUCUUGAUCACAUGGUCGGUCACAAGGAACAAAUAUGGACAGCACAAGUGACACAAUCUAUUGAAACUGGUCCAUGGAUGUCAUCAAAUGAUAUCGCUGCUGCUGCUGCUGCUGCUGCUGCUGCUGCUGGGAAAUCAUGUAUGCUUGCUCCUACCUUAGACAAGAGACCGUGGAGAAGUCCUGGCACAGGAACAGUUGAGUGGAUGUUACCAUUACUAGACAGUUGAGACUACAGUGUUUAGGUUGAGAAUCACAAUACAGCAGAUCCCACUUUUUGUAUGUGUUUCCUCCAAAUGUCACAUACCGUAAUUGUAUUUACCCGAGGCCCGGAUUUCCGGGCUGAAGGUAU